AAUCCGUAAAGCAAUCAUGUCAUGACUUCUGACUUCUGGAUCACUGGAGUGUUUUCUUCUUUCUCUCCUUGAAGGGCCCGUAUUCGGGACGACGCUUCGCUUCAUUGCCUUCUCUUUGCGUCUUGGCUUCUUGCGAGAAUGAAUAAGGGAGGCCUCGGGACGAUGCUCGGCCUCUGGGAGCAUCCUCUCGGGCGGAGAUCCUUACACAUGUCUCAUCCCAGGAGAGGGGAUACAGGAGAUCAGAGAGUUGAUGUCGGAUAUUGCGCCUUGUCCAAGGGACAUAAAUCAGCAUAAUGAGUGCCCUAUACUGGUUGAGCUACCCGAGAGUGAGAUCGGGGUCAGGUGGGAUCUCCUCAUUAGUCAUCGAUUGCAGGGGCACAACGGGGCCGCUGUGCGAUCUGAGGCAGGUGGGCAUGCGAAGGAGGAGUAUCCUCUGCAGGACCGUUCAAGAUUCAGUCGAUCAGCGACCAGCGAAAUCAGGGUCAAGUUGUCCGUGUUAUCCGAGAGCUCACAAAUGCAUGCUGACAACCAAAACAAUGCGAGAUCGUCUCUCAGUCCAGCCGAGCCGAUCGAUCAACAACCCCAAGAGUCGGUAACAGAGAGACGAGACAAGAGUGUAUACAGUAUAGAUGUGAAGACGGAGUCUCUUACUAAAGAUAUUAGGUAUUACGCGUGAAGACAUAUAAUUCGUGGGUAGUAGGUCGUGAAAAUCGUGAAAAGUGGUAUGAGAGGGAAGACCGGCUAGACGCAGCAACCCCGCUUCGUCUUAUGGUCGGUCGUAUCGGUCUUGGAGAG